CGCGUGAAACUUAGUCAUCGUCUCGCGCGACCACAUGCGUAGGUAUUUUUACUUUGAUCGUUGUUGAUCAUCCGUUCGACGAAGCAUUUCUGAUUUUUACGUUUUCCCUGAUUAUUCCUGCAUAGUUGACGGAAUUGAUACAUUAUUUUCUGUAAUCUUCCUUACAAGAACGAAUAACGUAAAAGAAUGAUAUUGUAAAACGAAUUGUUGUAAACGCGUGGGCGACACACGGUAGGACUCUCAAUAGUGUGACGACAGAAGGGACAAACAAAAUCGCGAAGUGAAUAACAGUUGAUUGUCAACAUGGCGGACAGCGAUUUGCUUAUUACUAUUUCAGGCGCCGCGCUCUCGUUAUUAUUCUACGAAUAUGUUCGCAGCCGCGGAGAUCAGAUGGGUUUUUUGCUAGGGGAGAACCUUGAGUUCGUAGUGAAAUCUUACACGGAUGCGGAAAAUCAAAUAGAAACUGUGAAGAGACACAACAAUAUUGAAACUGUUGUCACUUGCCCAUUGCCAGAUCUUCUACACGAUUCUAUCGGUAGAAUUAAUAAGGAGAAAUUGAAGGACUUUAUGAGAGAUAAAAGCAAACAAGUGAUCGGUUGGUUUCGAUUCAGGCGCAAUGCUAACUUGGUGCUUACCAUGAGGGACAAAAUAUUGCACAAACAAUUUGCUUCGCAUUUCUCUGGAAGUAACGGUUGCGCGGAAGAGUUCUUUGUUACAUGCCUAUUGAGCUCUUCGAUCUCCAGCGAUAGAGGCACGCAUAAGUUUAAACAUGUCUUCUUGAAAUGUGCAAGAGGGAUGUUCGAACCAGUUCCUUUAAAAAUAAUUAACUUGGGAAAUGAUUUAGAUAUACUCGAAGGUUCUGAUUACAAACCUGCUCCUACCAAAAAGUUAUCGGAUACACCAGAUGUAUUCAGUGAUCUCAUAGAAUCGUUAAGUUUGGAUCUUGCAAGAACCUCGGGUCUCGAAUCUGCUAUUAAAAUACAAAAAGUAGCAGAGCAGUAUUUGGAUCAGUUGAUUCCAGAGUUAUGCGAAUCUGAUCAUGAAGUGGCAGAUCUGGAAAGGCAGAUAAGGGAAUUUAAACUUACUAGGAAGACAAAACUCAAUGGAAGUACAAAUAAUAUCGAUAAGAAAUGUAAAAGUGAGAAAGAUUGCAUCGGUAGAAAACUUCAAAAGCUAGAAAAUUUGUCUCCUUCUAGAAUAGAAUUACCAGAAAACGUUUGCGAAGAGCGGCAAUGUAUUAAAGAAAAUUGCACUACAACUAGUCAAACUCUUACACCUAUUAAAUCCAGAAAUAUAGCAGUGAAUAUAGAAAAAUCUGUAAAUCAAAUCAAGAUAAGGAAAUCGACGGUAGACACGGUAAACAGCACGGACCCACCGCGUCAAGAUUCACCGCCCAUAAAAUCCACUUAUGCACCUAUCCUAAAUAGGUGCUAUCCUAACAUGGAAUCAGAAAUAGUAAAGGAAUCUAUCUGCAAAGGUGAAACAUUUGUAUGCGGUAUUGGUAGAGGUAGGGGAAAAUUGAUACAAGAUCUUCAGCCUGGACUGAAAAAAGCUAGGAGGACUUCGGGACCUCCUACACGGAGUAUUAGUGAAAGAACUUCGCAUAGUCAAGUGUCGCAACAACCGAGUGAGGCGAAUUGUGUACAAAAUGUUUCACCUCAAGUAUCUUAUAAUCAAAUUACAAAAAAAAAGACAGACAAUACGCGGAAAUCGGAUGUAGCGGAUAACCAUUAAAAAUAAUUUUUUAUUCUUUAUUUAAUUUCACUCGAAAGCUUUAUGAGAAUAUACUUAAAAAACUGUAGAGCAUUAUAACAUAUUAUAACACGCACGUGUGUAAUAUGUUGUAAUAUGUAAAAGUAAAUAAACAGACCGCGCCCGUGUUCCACGCACAGCGAGUCUGCCCUUGAAACGUUCCAACCACUCUGAAACGAUAAAACGCUACUGUGCCGUGUUUAUAGUAUUGAAAGUGUGCAUUAUGGAGUGGAGAGAUAACAUAGACUGAACUACCGAAUAGUUUUUGACGUACUUUCGUGGAAGUUCGAAACUCGAAGAUAUUUUUCAAAACGCAUAGAGAACAAUUUGCUUUUCUUUCUUUUUUGUGCGACGCAGAUAAUUUUUUUUAAUGCAGUCUCUAAAUAUUUGCGACGGUCCAUAGAUACAUUUAUGGACGAGGUAUAAAAUAAAUACAUACGUUUUGCAUUACCAUGUUUUAUAAAUAUCAAACUAAUAUGUGUGUUAAAUACUUCAUAAAUAAUUCAGAGUUUUUCUUUUUAAAUAGUUUCUUCAAAUACUAAUCGUAGUAUAUAAAGUGUUCAAGUUAUUGGGGAACCUUAAGCUUUUUUUUUUGUACAGAAAUGCUGGAACAUUGUUAAAGUAUGUCGGCAGGAUUAUUCGGGACACCUGUUACUUCCCAUAUCGUAGCCGCAAGUCUCCUGGAAUGUUCUAAAACGCACGAUGACGUUGCCAAGCCGAGAUGGACGCAGUAAAGUUCAUAAAUUCUGAUUUUAUUCGCGGAUAAUUUAGGAAAGCAUGUCUCUGCUAAUUUUCUAUAAAACAAAGUAAGUGUUUCAAGUGGAAGAAAAUAGGAAAUUACGGUAAUACCAACCUGUAAUAAUCUCCACAAAAUAUACCCGGCACUGGAAAAUUUUUCAUUAUGUGAUUCAAGUAAACUUUACACUUUAAUGGUGAUCCCUAAAAGCAUAUAUAUGUAUACGGUACAAACAGUGCAAUAUUGUAUUUCUGUUACUUUCAAAUGCUAAUAUUUACUCACAGAACUGUCCUCAAACCAUAAAAAGUAAGCAUAAUUGAAUGUUGUAUCUUUCCACAUGACCGACAAGUGUCCUUCUUCUAAAUGCAUUCUACUUUGUUUCACCAUAUUCCAGAUCUAUAAAAGUAAUAUUCGAUUACGUCGAUGUUGAAUUGAUAUUUAAUAUAACUUUUAAAUAAAUCACCUUCUUUGUUGUAAGAGUGAGAGUUUCUGGAUUGGUGAAGUCUAACGUCGGAGCUGUUAGCCGAUGAGUGGUUCUGUCUAUGUAUAUGAAAUGCACAAGGCCUGGAAACUCUUCUAGAUAUUUAUUGAUGGUUAGGGAAGUUCUCGUAGAUUAUAUGGCAUUAAGGAGGUAUAUUUUCAUAUGUAAUUUAUUAUCAAAAAAAUAAAAAAAUAACAUUACAAAACUGCGGUAUUAAAAAUAAUUUUAGGUAAUUGCGAAAGGAUAUGAUCCAAGCGUGAAGUUCUUCAGUGCUUUCACUUUCAGGAAGUCACUGAAAUCGUUCAAUUUUUGACGAACGAGCCUGCCUACGGUUGUAAGCACGUCAAUGCCUUGCUUUAAGAAGUUCUUAUCGAAGCACGUUAAUCUGUAUAAUUCUUUUAAAUUAUCUGUGAAUCCAGAUGUAUUCGAUUCAAUCUGAAGAACAGAUUCUGGAUCUCUGGAUUUCAAGAGAUCCAUAUAUUUUUUCCUAACAAACUCCCACUUUACUUGCAACCUUCUCUGACACAUGUCAACGUCGUUACUAACAUUGGCUCUGUUCUUCUUGAUUCCAUCUAACGCUUUCUUCAUAGCUAAGUCAAAAUUCUCAAAUGCUGGUCUUAGCUCGUCGAUGUCUCUUUGAAGUUGCAAACCGUUUAUAAUAUUUAAAUAAUGAAAACUAUCGUAUAAUCCGGAUGAUGUAGCCAAAUUUGUUACUUCCGCUAUCAUGACAAGAUUAAUGCCAUCGGCUAGUUCAAAAAUGUGAACUGCGUUAGCAAUGUAAUCGUGUUCUGAUCCGAGCAGAAGUACGUUGCUGUACAAGUCAUCGUCCAUUAAAGAAUGUAAACCCUC